GCAGGCUCAGCCAGGCUAUAAAAAGGCAUAGCGUGGGGGAGGGAGGGCUGCCGUUCAGCAGGAACCGCGCACAACCCUCGCUUGUGGGGAUCACCAAGGGACGGCAGCCAGCCCCUCGCUCUGAGAAUCUGGAGACACAGGACAGCUGAAGGAAAGCACGCAGCCGACGCUUGAAAAUGGCAGAAAAGAUUAAAGAUGCUAAAAUUAUCUUUGUGGUCGGUGGUCCCGGUUCCGGUAAGGGGACCCAGUGUGAGAGGGUGGUGGCCAAGUACGGCUACACUCACCUGUCGUCAGGGGAUCUGCUCCGCGCCGAGGUCAGCUCAGGCUCGGAGAGGGGCAAGCAUCUUCAGAGCAUCAUGCAGAGGGGAGAGCUGGUGCCGCUGGACACCGUCUUGGACAUGAUUAAGGACGCCAUGAUUGCCAAGGCAAGUGUCUCCAAAGGCUUUCUCAUCGAUGGCUACCCCCGUGAGGUGAAGCAGGGCGAGGAGUUCGAGAAGAAGAUCGGCAAACCCUGCCUGCUGCUGUACGUGGACGCCAGAGCCGAGACCAUGGUCAAGAGGCUUCUGAAACGCGGCGAGACCAGCGGCCGCUCGGACGACAACGAGGAGACCAUCAAGAAACGUCUGGACCUCUACUACAAAGCCACUGAACCCGUCAUCGCCUUCUACGAGAAGCGAGGCAUCGUCAGGAAGGUCGACUCUGAGCUUCCCGUGGAGGAGGUCUUCAACCAGGUCUCCAAGGCUAUUGAUGCCUUGUAACAAUACCACAUUGAGAACAGCUGGGUUAAGUAGAGUUGUCAGCAGACAACGUGAACAACUACAACGAAGCCAAACAGCCAUAAACGAUGACAGAAUUCCAAAUGAAAAAAAAUUAAGACAAAUGUUUUAAAAUUCUCACAAAUUUAACUAAAUGACGCUUGCUGACUUAAUUUUCUUAUACUUUAGGCGUAUUUUUUGCCCAGCCCUCAAGACUUGAUGAACUAAUCUAAACUACACUGAUAAAAUGUCAACAAGCACACUUCUAAAACUGCUUGCUUUUGGAAGUUGUUUUGACUGGGAAAUUGAGGAAAAUGCUCCCCAUUUUAACGAAAGUAAACCUGAAUGAAAAGACGGCAAACACUUCAGGAUUCUGGAAGUAGUUUUUACCUCAUCUUUUCGUCUAAAAAUGGUUGCAGUUUUAACAAAAGUAAACAACCUACAUGAAAAGUCAGCACAAACUAUUGGAAGUUGUUUUUUUGCAUUAUGUCUAAGAAAUGGAAGUGACAAAACACAAACAUGUCGACGCAUUCACAUCAUUUUAGCAAAAGUAAACAGCUGAAAUGCAAAAUUUGAGUAAUCCAGUUUUUAGCUUCCUUGUAAUUAUCAGUACAUAAUGUGCCUCUAAUCCAGCAGUUACAAAUAAGGUCAUAGAGUAAUCUGACAUUGCAGCAACACAAAAUCUGUUUGUCGAUAUAUAUAAAUGUUAACCAUUUUGUGCCAACUACAUGAACAUUGUACUUAUUUAUUUUCCUUCGGCGAGUACUGCUCUACAACACCGCUGUCAACGUUGUCCAAGAGCACAGAUUCACUUAUGUAAAUAAAGGUGCAAAAAGACUGCAUUCUAAUAAAGAUAACCUAUCUA